AUGUCCAUCAUCAUUCUGUCCGUUCCGUGUCUCAUCGGUUGCACACUACUCAUGCUCUGUAAACUGGCUCGAUCAUACGAAAUGAUCAUCCUCGGUCGACUGAUCGUGGGGCUUGCUUGUGGNNCUGCGAUCGCACCAGCCUAUAUGAAUGAGAUCUCCCCUAAGGUUAUUCGUGGUGCUGCGGGGACAUUGAAUCAACUCGUGUGCGUGUUUUCCCUCGUCUUGUCCCAACUGUUGGGUUUGCAUCAAGUGAUGAACACCAGAGAUUUGUGGCCGUUUCUAUUAGGACUGAAUGCCAUCCCCUGUGUUCUGACAAGCAUCGCUCUGUUUUUCGUCCCAGAAAGUCCACGCUAUCUGUAUCUAGUGCGAAAUGAUGAACAGUCUGCCAGAGCAGUUCUUCACAAAAUGGGACGUUCUGCCGAGGAGGCACAAAUCGAGCUCGAUGAAAUGUCCAAGGAGAUGCAGACAGCAACCCAAAAGAUGUCAUUGGUCACUUUCUUCCUAAUUCCCCAUCUGCGGUGGGGACUUGUGGUUGCACUGGUCAUCCAGGUCUCACAACAAUUCUCGGGAAUCAACGGACUAUUGUAUUACUCAGAGGUCCUAUUCAGACAAAAUGGACUGACACCUGAUCAAGCAAUGUACGCGACCAUCGGCCUCGGACUAACUCUACUUUUCAGUAGCGUGAUCGCCACAUUGAUCGUGGAACGUCUGGGCCGAAGAUUGAUGCUUUUAGGUGGACUGUUGGUCACCCUGUUCUGUCUUAUUGUGUUUACCGUCUGUCUGGUUAUCCGCAACGCAACCGGUAUCAUGUGGCCCACGUACAUCGCGAUCGUCUCCACGUACGUGUUUGUGCUCGGCUUUGGCCUCGGACCGGGUCCGAUUGCAUGGUUCAUUGUCGCAGAAAUGUUUACCCAAGAGACCCGAGAUGCUGUGAUCUCCGGGGCUGUUGCUAUGAACUGGUUGUGUAACAUUGUUGUCGGUUUGGUUUUCCUGGAAAUGAUGCGGUGUCCGAACAGCAAAGUUGAAGACACUCCAACCAAUUUUUUUGUGUUCUCAGACUGGGCAUCUUCCGAACACAUGGGCAAAGUGAAAGCGUAUUUAUCGAUUAUUGCGGGAUCCAAACGUCUUGACGGAUCGAAGCUUCGUGGUAGCUAA